AGGAGGACCACGAAAACACCGAGUUUGGCUCAGCACUUUCUCUCCAGAAAGGCGGGCGGAGCCGAAAACCAAACAAACGUCUUCUCAGAGCUUGGGGGCGGGGCAGGCGGGAGAAGACGGAGCCUCCAGAGCAGAAGCCUUCGCGGAGUUGGUUUUUCGGUUGCUGGUCUUUGUGGCCGAGGGGUCUGAGGUCGGGCUGAGACGUGGGGAGCAAUGGCGACCUUUGUGAGCGAGCUGGAGGCGGCCAAGAAGAACUUGAGCGAGGCCCUGGGGGACAACGUGAAACAAUACUGGGCUAACUUAAAGUUGUGGUUCAAGCAGAAGAUCAGCAAAGAAGAGUUUGACCUUGAAGCUCAUAGACUUCUCACACAGGAUAAUGUCCAUUCUCACAACGAUUUCCUCCUGGCUAUUCUCACGCGUUGUCAGAUUUUGGUGUCUACACCAGAGGGUGCUGGAUCUUUACCCUGGACAGGGGGUUCUGCAGCCAAACCUGGAAAACCAAAGGGAAAGAAAAAGCUUUCUUCUGUUCGUCAGAAAUUUGAUCAUAGAUUCCAGCCUCAAAAUCCUCUCUCGGGAGCCCAGCAGUUUGUGGCCAAGGAUCCCCAAGAUGAUGAUGACUUGAAACUUUGUUCCCACACAAUGAUGCUUCCCACUCGGGGUCAGCUUGAAGGGAGAAUGAUAGUGACUGCUUACGAGCAUGGGCUGGACAACGUCACCGAGGAGGCUGUCUCAGCUGUGGUCUAUGCAGUGGAGAAUCACCUUAAAGAUAUAUUGACAUCAGUUGUGUCAAGAAGGAAAGCUUAUCGAUUACGUGAUGGUCAUUUUAAAUAUGCCUUUGGUAGUAAUGUGACUCCACAGCCAUACCUGAAGAACAGCGUAGUAGCUUACAACAACUUAAUAGAAAGCCCUCCAGCCUCUUCUGCUCCUUGUGCUGGUCAGAAUCCAGCGUCUCACCUGCCCCCUGACGACGCUGAGCAGCAGGCUGCACUCCUGCUGGCGUGCUCGGGGGACACGCUGCCCACGUCUUUGCCUCCAGUGAACAUGUACGACCUUUUUGAAGCUUUGCAGGUACACAGGGAAGUCAUUCCUACACACACUGUAUAUGCUCUCAACAUUGAAAGGAUCAUUAUGAAACUCUGGCAUCCAAAUCAUGAAGAGGUGCAGCAAGACAAAGUCCACUGCCAGCGCUUGGCAGCCAAGGAGGGGCUUUUGCUCUGCUGAAUUAGGAUUUGAGGGUGUGGGACCGUCAGCAAAUUCAUUGAUCAUUGGGAAUUGAAUGUUUUUGGGGUCCACAUUUCAAGACUGAAGUGUGUAAAGUAAAUAUAACCUUUCCCAUGGAAAUGUGAUAGUACAUUUUGUGUUGCUACUGUGAAGCCAUUAAUAAAUCUGAUUUUAAUAAUGACCCAUAUCUCUGUAUGUAUGUAUGUGUGUGUGUGUGUUCCCAGUUAAGGGAAUAGGCACUGAGAAAGUUCUGUGCCUGGAAUGGUGCUGUUUAGGCAUCUGAGGCCUAGUAUCCUGUGGUCUGCAUGUGAGGUAGGUGACAUUCUAGAACAAAGAAGCUGUUAUAACUUAGUCCCCACGAUCAGCAGGACAUCUGUGUGUUUAGAGACAUCACGUAUUCUGUAUCUGGCAAGUCUAAAAUUUCUGCUUUCCUCCUGAAGAAAGAACUGUGCUUUUAACACAGUGUUAAAAAUCGGUUAUCAUUUUAGUUUAUAUAUAUAU